CCCGAGCGUACGCUCUUUCAAGCGGCCACGGAGAAACCGGUUUGGAUGACGCGCGCAGGUGGCGCUGCGUCCAGCAGGCGCGCUAUUCUCCCCGUAGGCGGCCCGGGCGAAAAUGGCGGAAGCACAUGUUUCCGUGUGACAAAACCGAGCCGUCCGAGGGUCUUCCUUUGUUGUUUGUGCGGAUCUGUGGAUUACAUCGCGGUGCACAACGAGAGACCAACGGUGUGUCAUGCGUCAGUGUGUUGGAUGCAUCUGAUCAUGCCGGCGAAGAAAGGUAGGACCUGCUUCGUGCCGUUGUGCAAAGGCGGCUACAAAUCGGCUGCAGAAAAAGUAUCGUUGUUCCGGGCUCCAGUCGACCCCCUUCGUCGGCAAGAAUGGGCGAGGAACAUCAAGCGAGAAGACAAAGUUCUCGACGAAACCUGUGUCGUGUGUUCCCGUCACUUUGAUGAACGCUACAUAGAAAAAACUUUCAAGCACGUCAUCAAUGGCGAGCUCGUCGAGCUGGACCGCGAACGGCCAGUGCUCACCGACGACGCCGUCCCUACGAUAUUCCCCGACGCCCCCUCGUAUCUGACAAGGCCUGUCCCCAAAAAGAGGGAAGAAAGGAACCUCGCUGACCGUGGUACCCCACCAGUGAAACGCAGGGCUGCAAGCGGAUCCACGCAUGACUGUGAUCCUGGAAAUGCCUGUACAGAACCAGCGCCGGAGACGCACCCGUUCAGCGACAUUCUGCCACCCUCGAUGUAUUGCAGCAGAAUCAUUUUAUCGAACGAUCCAACGGCAUUGUGCUUUGGAUGGCACGCCAGGAUGGAAUCAGACGAUGUGCGUGUCAUAAAGCACGUUACGUUCUCGGCAUGUGCCGAAGCCACCGCUGCACAGGGGAGCGCAUACCUUUGCGCCAUAUAUUGCCGAGGCAUCAAAGUCGAAGAAAUUUGUGUAAGUAGACGAGAUGACGCCCUUGGGGCAUUGAAAAAGGCCGAGCAAUUGCUUCUUUGCCCAGGCUGUGAAAUUGAGCCAGUGGCAGCUGGUCAGUGUGUCCAGUUUGGUUCCAUGCACUUCGCAAAAAACUGCUGUGUGACAACACCUGACGGGAGAGCUUGUUUACGAUGCAAAUACACAAAAAAGCUCAUCCAAAACCAGAUGUACAGGCUCAAGAAGAAACGUCGAACGACAUUUCAGCAACGGAUUGCCAGGAAGUCCCUUCAGCUGUUCCGGGCGAAAAAAAGGCUAGAAAAAGCCCAAGAAAGUGUUGCAAAGCUUCGAACAGUCACAGAAACAAUUUCCAGCUCAGUUUUGGAGGAGAAAAUCAGGAGCCUCCCGCCAAAGCAGCGUCUUGCUGUAAGAACCUGUUUUGAGGCGGCAUCCAGAAAAUCAAGCCGAGGCAUGGCGUACGACAUGCAGUGGGUCCUGGAGUGCAUUUUGAUGCGCAUGAGAAGCCCCCAACUCUACGAGUAUGUUAGAAGACACAAGAUUCUUGCCUUGCCGAGCAAAUCAUGCCUGGACAAACACAUGCAGGGAUUUAAAAGCACGUUUGGUUUCAACACUAGUGUGUUUUCAGCUUUGGAAAAGAAAACACGAGACAUGGACGAGUUCAGCCGCCAUGGUGGUCUUGUGUAUGACGAGAUUAAGCUCUCCGAGAACAUCAAUGUGACGGCAUCUGGCGAACUGAGUGGCUUCGUUGACCUCGGUCCUUUCAUGGAGGAUAGCAACGAGACAGCACUGAGUGACCACGGCCUCGUCGUAGUAUUUCAACCCUUUAAAGGAAAGUGGACACAAAUCCUCGGAGUCUUUGCUUCCAGAGGCAAUGUAAAGGCGCCUGUCCUCUCGAAGAUUCUCCUGGAGGCUACGAUACUGGCUGAAAAUUCCGGCCUCUUCGUCGAUUUCUGGACAAGUGAUGGUGCUCCCUGGAAUCGCUGUCUCUGGAAGCUGCUCGGCAUCAAAGCUUCGUCUAAGGAAAUCACCUGCAAGGUUCCCCAUCCUGUCGACACAGCAAGGAGACUACACUUCAUCUCCGAUUUUCCUCAUCUGAUCAAAUGCGUGCGGAAUACUUUUGUCUCAAAAGGCGUACAGAUUCCAUGUGGUCAUGCUCAUGUUGAUGUCAUCAAAGAGGCAUGGAAAAGGGACAAGGAAGCAUUGACACUGAAAGUGAUGCCACACAUAACACAGGCACAUGUACAACCGAACGCGUUUGAAAAAAUGCGUGUGAAUUUGGCUUUUCAACUGUUCAGUCAAGAGGUGUUGAAAGGGCUUUUCUUUUAUAAAGGUGACUUGGAAAGAAGGUUCAGAACAACGGAGCCAACAGAGCAGUUUGUGAAGCUGAUGGAGAUGUUGAUUUUCGUGAUGUCAUCCAGGGUCCCGUCUAAGGGCCUUCGAGCCCAGUCAGGAAGUGCCCAGUUUUUGAAAAAGUUCAUUGCCUUCUUAAGUGAAUGGGAAGAGUACGCUGCCCAACACGGUGGUGGAUUCCUAAGCGCAGGGACUGCCCUUGGACUCCGUGUGACUCUACAGAGCACACUGUCACUUCUGGACUAUCUGAUUACCUCAGUGCACUACAAGUACUUGUUGACUGCAAACCUUGGUCAAGAUAAACUAGAAAACAUCUUUGGGAUUGUGCGACAAUCCUUUGGAUGUAAUCACCACCCCUCCCCUGAGCAGUUUUUGGUCAUUAUUAACAACCUAACUUUCUACAGCCUUGCAAGACCACCAAAGAAUGGAAACUCGCCAGCUGAGCUUGUAAUUGCACUUUUGCAGCCAUCUGAUGCUGGAAAAGAAAAGGCUGCUCGUGUAACGGCACUCGUUGAUGAACUGUUGGACGAGGGAAGUCUGACUCAUGCCGCAGUUGUGCUAAAAGAGCACAGUAGCCUGAUUGACCACCACGUCUGUGUCGAGAAAAGAAGUGACAGUCGGCUGAUAUAUUACGUAGCGGGUUACGUUGUCCGCAAGUCCCUCAAAAAAUUCCCGUGCCCAGAAUGUGCAUCUUGCUUGAGUGUCCUGCCCCUGCAGGCUGAGUGCAAUGGCAACGCCUCAUUGACGAGAGAAUUCAAUCAUGGGGGUUUGCUGUACCCUUCGAAACCACUGGAGGCACUGGUAACCAGACUGGAAAACGCCUUCACUGUUUUCUUUACCAGAAACAAGCUGCAUGCUAAGAGCAUGAUCUGUUUCCUGCGCUUCCUUCAGGGGCAUGCACUGCAGGAAGUUGGCUGCAGUGAGCAUGGGCGCUUGGUCACAGCAAAUGUCAUCAAAUUCUAUGCUCUGACCAGGGUGCAUUUCUUUGCUAAGGCUGUUAACAAGGAUCGAGAUUCCCAAAGGGAGAAGCAAAAAUUGCUCAAAAUGAGGCGAUGCCGGUGAGGACCGGACUGCGGUACUGGAGAGGCAGAGCACACCAAAUAAAUUUUUCGCGAACAAAGACCUGGAAUAGACAUUUAGCUUUGUGAUGUUUUUUGUGGAUAAUUCGCAAGUUUGUAUGCUCUUUUCCUUUGCUUGCGCGAAUAUACCUUUAAUUCGUUUCCCGAGCAAUGAGGAGAUGAAGGGGUUGUUUGUUACGCGCGCUGCGCUUGCUGGCGUCUGCAACGGUCGAUUAGUAAAAUAAAAAUAAAUGUCAUGUUGCACACA